GAGAGGUUGUAUUUUUGCAUUUUAUCUGCCAUCUAAUAUAUACAAACAAUCUUCGGACUUCAUAAGUACUUAAAUAUAAGGCCGCAAUAAAAAUAAAGUUCUCAGUUCAGUCCUACUAUCCCCUCAAAGCAUCAAAACAAUGCCAUUCCGCCUCCCACGCAGCACCGCCAGCGUCCUCUGCAGCGCGCGGUCCACGCAACCUCUCCGCUCACAACGACGCUUCCUGUCAAGCACACCACGCACCCUCUUAAAAGAAGAUGCCGACCGCAGCGCCUCGGAAAUCGAAGCAAAGAAGCAGGAACAAUUGGACAAGCAGAAGCGCGGAGAGGGACAUUGGCACGAGGAACUUGCAUCACAAGGCGAGAGCAAUAUCGCUGCGGACAAGCAGGAGGUCAAGGAGGGAUCGCACGAUGAGCAUAUAAGCAAAUUGCAGGAGGAAGGCAAGCAGAAGAGGGAGAAUGGGCAGCUGUAGAGGGUUUGUUGGAGACAUUGGUGGUAAUGGCGAGAUUGUAAUGUCAUUGAGAAGCAUAGGGCUGAGGAAUCGCACUUGGACGACCCGAAUGGUGAAGAUGCAUGGACGGU